AAGUCUGGCUGGGCGGGCAAGCCUUUGCUUUUUCGCAAGUGUGGGGUCCUGGUGGUCUCGGUGUUGCUCCUUUUGCGUCCCGCGGACUCAGCAUGGGGGCUGUGCGAGCCAGACGCUGCCUGGAGUACCUGAUGGGCUUCUACUUUCUCUCCCACAUCCCCAUCACCCUGUUCCUGGACCUGCAGGGGUUGCUGCCGCGCGAACUCUACCCGGACCAGGUUAGAAAUCUGCUACAAUGGUAUUCUACAGAGUUCAAAGACUAUCUGAUGGAGGACCGCCCAAUGUGGUUUAGAUCAUUUCUGGUUUGCGAGCUUGUGUUUCAGCUGCCUUUCUUUCCUAUUGCAGCAUACGCCUUCUUCAAAGGAAGCUGCAGGUGGAUCCGUACCCCUGCCGUCAUCUACUCCGUUCACACCGUGACCACUCUUAUUCCGAUACUCGCCUCCUUUCUAUUUGAUGACUUCUCCAAAACCAGUCAUUUCAGAGGACGUGGACCUCAGACUUUGAGUGAACGACUCACCCUUGUAAGCAUCUAUGCCCCCUACUUACUCAUCCCUCUUACGCUUCUGCUCUUCAUGUUGCGGAACCCUUACUACAAUCAUGAAGAUAAAAGAAAGAAGAAAUGAGGACGGAACUCCUGGCCAACGAGAUAAGUGUCCACAGGGGCAUCUUUCAGACCCCAUUCAGAAAACUGUUUGAACCCAUGGCUUUGAUGGCAUUUGAAAACACUAGCAGCAGUACUCAAGAGCAAGGUGGUGGCCAGGGUCAUGGUAGCAGGGGUGGGGGCUGUGGGCUUAUAGGAAUGUGGUGCCUAAGAUCACUGCAGGACAGAUGAAGCAGGUCCAGACCGCAGACCUGGUAAUGGUCCAUAAAACAUGGCCUGCAUGCCAUAUUUUGAGUUACUACAGUGUCUAUAGCCGUGACUAAGCCCUUGACUAUGCUUCUCUAUAAGUACC